CAUAUUAUGUUAGGUUAUUGUAUCGAAUUUUUGUUUUUAUUUUUGAAGGAAAUAUUAAAGUAGUAAUGUUGAAGUUAGAAAAAAGCAUAUGCGAGAAGGAUAUGUCCUGUGGCCUUUGCCACAGCAUCAUAAAUGAUGGAAAUUUCGUUGUAAUAGAAGAAACAAUCGAACAAGUCCUAGAUGUUCUUUUGCUGAAACUAGACAGUACGGAAAGAGACAAAUCCAUAAUGUGCCACACUUGUUCUAGCAAACUGUUUGCGGCAUUUAAUUUUAAGGCUACCUGUAUGGAUACGGAGGACUGUAUCUUUCCUUACAUUGAUUUUGAAAUGGGAGCACCUGCCGACCUAAGUGAAAUUUAUCUGAAGAUAAAAGGUAAAGAACAUUUAAAAGAUAUGUUAGAAGACGAGAGGAUUUGUCGACUGUGUAUGCAGGUAAUCACCUGCGGGUUUAUGUCAAUAAAAAAAGUGGAUGUUGAUUCAUCCCGCAUGUACAUUCCAGAAGUGAACUUCAUUUCCGUCAGAGAACCCGUUAUAUGCGAAGUUUGCCUCGAUUCAUUGGACACCCACACGAGUUUUAUAAGAAACUGUUUAAUUCUAAAAGAGAAAUUUAAAAAUAUUUCAAGCGACAAAGCCAUAAAAAGUCCCCUAUGUUUGACCACAGAAGAAACCGAAUUAAAAUCUGAAGAUUAUAAUGACUGCUCCUGCGAAGAUGAACCUGUUGACAACAAAAGUGAUUGCCAAUCUGAAUAUACAGAUGCAACAAAUAAUUCUACGCAUAAUACCCAAAGAGAACCCACACGAAUGGAAGGAAAAAACUUUUGGUUGAAACACCAGGAUUCGACUAAGGUGCGGACCAACAAUCGCGAUUCGGAUUAUGAAACUAGUCAAAACAGAUACCUAGUACUCCACAAAGACAUCACCAAAGAACGUGCGUUAACAUGUGAAUCGUAUAACUAUAAAACUUUCACCAAGUCCAAUCAUCACAACGGCAACUUUCCCAAAAAGCAGAUGUAUAAAUGUCAUUUGUGUGAUUUUAAAACCAUUUAUAAGAGUAGUCUUGUACGCCAUCAACUACAACAUAAAGACAUGCCCGAGGAGAUGUUUAAAUGUGAUUCCUGCGAUUUUAAAACCAUUUAUAAGAGGAAUCUUACGCAACAUCGACUAAAACAUGAAGACAUACCCGAAAAAGAGAUGUUCAAAUGCUAUUCCUGUAAUUUUAAAACCAUUUAUAAGGGCAGUCUUAGAACACAUCAAGUAACACAUAAAAACAUCCCUGAAGGGGAAAUGUUGAAAUGUGAUUCCUGCAAUUUUAAAACCAUUCAUAAGAAGAAUCUUAUGCAUCACCAGUUAAAGCACAAGGCCUUCUCUCAGAAGCUUGAAUGCAAUUUGUGUGAUUAUAAAACCUGGUGUAAGAUAUAUCUUACUCAACAUCAGCUUAGACACAAAGACAACCCAGAGGAGAAUAUAUUGAAAUGUGAUUCUUGCGAUUUUAAAACCAUUUAUAAGAGGAGCCUUAUGGAACAUCAAGUAACACAUAAAAACACCCUUGAAGUGGAAAUGAUGUUGAAAUGUGAUUCCUGCGAUUAUAAAACCAUUCAUAAGAGGAAUCUUACUCGACAUCUACUAAAACAUAAGGACAUCACUGAGAAGACGUUGAAAUGCGGUUCUUGCAAUUAUAAAACCAUUUAUAAGCACAGCUUUACACGACAUCAACUACAACACAAAGGCAUCCCUGAAAGGAAAAUAUUGAAAUGAGAUUCCUGCAAUUUUAAAACCAUUUCUAAGAGUACUCUUGCGCAACAUCAUUUAAAACAUAAAGACAUCCCCGAAGAGCAGAUGUUGAAAUGGUAUUCGUGUGAUUAUAAAACCAUUUAUAAGAGUAAUCUAACACAACAUUUGUCGAGACAUAAGAUAUAUGUUUAUUAGCUCCAGUCAGCCACUGAUUUUAUAAAUAAAUAAAAUUCCUAUAAAACGUAAUUAUUUUAGUUUUUGGUUUUGGAAAAUUUUGAAUUGCUAUUAUCUUUUCUUUUGAUGGUAAAAUGCCUUUUGAAUAAAUAGUAUGACCUAGAAAUGUUAAUUGUGUUACUCCAAACUCACAUUCUGAAGGUUUAAUAUUUUGCUAGCAAUUAAAAUAAACGAAUACGAAAUUUAGACCAGAAGUAACUUCAUUUAUGAAUCUCUGAAAUGUCUCUGCUGCGUUUCUUAGACCGAAAGGCAUUCUUAUAAAAUCAAAUAAACCAAAAGGUGUUGUUAUUGCAAUUUUAUAUAUAUAUCUUCUUCAGCUACCAGUAUUCGAUGAUAUGCUCUAACUAAAUCAAUUUUUGAAAAAAUUUUACAGCCAUGUAUAUGUAAAUUAAAAUCGUGAAUCAUUUAAUUGUCUAUAGUCUCUACAAGAACACCAAUCGUUUGGGUCUUUCUUUGGGAUCAUGUGUAAUGGUGAAGCUACUGAUGAAGAUGAUGGUCUGCAAAUACCGUAUUUUACCAUUUCUUCAAAUUCUGUUUUUGCUAUUUUAAAUUUUGUGUAAUCUAAUCGACGUGCUUUUGAAAAAGGUAAAUGAUUGUUUGAUAUAAUGUGAUGUUUAAUGUUGUGUUGUAUUGGUUUAGAGCAGUCUGGAGGGUCCUCACUGUUCCUUGUAUUUAUAUCUUUGAAAUAUGUGUCUAUGUUUUUAGGAAUAGAAGCAGAUUUAUUUAUUCAAUUACUUGCCUGUUGAAAUUAAACGUACUGUCGGUGAACAUCUAUUUAAAAGUAAAUUGAAACAAUUUCUAGUAAGUGUUAUUACUCUGUAUGUGAAUUUUAUCUGAUGUUACGUAGUGUUUCCUAUUUAUUUAUUUAAUCAUUGUAUACUGUAUAUUUUACUUUAUUUGUUUUUGACAAUUCCUGCAUAUAUGUACGA